UAGCCCCUGUUCCUGAAAUUCCCUUGUGCAAUUCUACGUCAUUUGCGUGCAACAGCCAAGCUUCUCCAGCAGGACAGGGAAUCCCCCAGCGAGCGAAGGGCAAGGCGGGAGAGGAGCAGAGCCCCGCGGCGGCGCCCAAGGGAGCAAACCUGGCGAGUCGGAGGGUCGGCCUCAAUGGCGGCGGCGGACAUUGAUCAGCUGUGUUGAGGGAGGAAGGAAGCGAGGCUCUGCUGAAGGAGGGACCUGCUCGAUGACCCUGCGGAGUGCGCCAUGGCUUCAGCGUCCAUCCUCAAGUGGUUCCCGGGCACGCUGUACAACUCGGCGCUGAACGUGGUUGUGAUGCAGUACAAGGCCGUGAGUCACGAGCUCAGGAUCUUCCCUCCGCCCGUGCACUUCGACGUCCUCUACAAGCUUUACAAAUGUGGGUGUUUGUUGGAGUUGCGUGGAGAACUAUGCGACCUGGAUGUUCUCACACGCAUGCUCAAGGUGGUGGACAAGAGGCAUCUCUUGCACCAUUGCUUCCAGGCCUUGAUGGAUCAAGCACUUGCAGAUCACAGCACCAAAAUAUCCACAGUAUUAUCACAAACAUAUGUGCAAAGAUGUAAUCAAGUGUCUUCUGAACAGCAGCAGAUAGAUAACUUGGUACUGCAAGGAUUGGCUGUAUCUUCAUUCCUUGCUGAGGCUGGCUGGCUCCCUGAUGCUGAAAACAUCCUGACAGCCUGCCAGGCACUUUUAGCCAACUCAGAUAUUCCUCAGCAAAUGACUCGCUCUCUUGAAUGCUGCCACAGACUUCUACAUGUGCAGAAUGGGUACUGCAGAUUUGAGGAAGCUGAAAGAACCUACAACCAAGCAAUGCAGUUGGUGAAGCGUUUGCAGUCAGCUGGUGCCACUCCCAACCUCUCCUCAUUAUAUUCUGAGUUUUCAACACUGUACAUGCUAAGGUCAAACUAUGCUGAGGCAUAUAGCUGGAGUGUAAAAGCACUUCAGGAGUUAGUUCCCAAUUUCCCCAAACCACCUCUCAUUGAUGUCUUAAGACAGUCAGCAAAGGCUUGUGUGCUCAAGCGCGAGUUUAAGAAGGCCGGGUUACUUAUCAAACAGGCAGUUAUGAUAGCCACUGAAGUGUUUGGCGACAAGCAUCCAAAAUAUGCAGACACGCUUAUUGAUUAUGGUUUCUACUUACUCAAUGUGGAUGCCAUAAGCCAAGGUGUACAAGUAUACCAGACUGCACUUGAUGUCCGCCAGAGUGUCUUUGGUGGAACCAACCUGCAUGUAGCCAUUGCUCAUGAAGAUCUGGCCUAUGCCUCUUACGUUCACAACUAUGCUUUUGGCAAAUUUACACAUGCCAGAUCUCAUGCUGAGAGGGCAAUUGAACUGAUGCUCCGCCUCUUGCCUCCAGAUCACUUGUUACUGUCUUCUAGUAAGCGUGUGAAAGCACUAAUCCUAGAGGAGAUGGCUAUUGACAACCCAAAUAAGGAUGUUGAAAAGAAAUACUUGGAAGAGGCCCAUUCUCUGCACAAAGAAGCACUUGCUAUGGCCAUGCGUGCAUUUGGGGAAAUGAACGUCCAGACAGCCAAACACUACGGCAACCUUGGCAGACUCUUCCAGUCAAUGAGGCUCUUCCAGGAAGCAGAGGAGAUGCAUCUGAAGGCCAUCUCCAUAAAGGAACAGCUUUUGGGGCCAGAGGACUAUGAGGUGGCCCUAUCUGUUGGCCAUCUGGCAUCCCUGUACAAUUAUGACAUGAUGAAGUAUGAUAAGGCUGAGCAACUCUACUUAAGAUCCAUUUCCAUUGGAAAGAAAUUGUUUGGUGAAGCAUAUUCUGGCUUAGAGUAUGACUAUCGAGGGCUCUUGCGUGUAUAUAGUGUUCAAGCCAAUAUGGAAAAGUGUUUCAAAUACCAGAAUGUUUUGGCAUAUUGGAAGUUGUUGCGUGAUGAAGCACAGGAAACACAGACCUCACCCUUCAAAGAACUCACAGAACCUUUACGGGUCAUUGACACUCUGAACCAGUUCAUGGCCCUGUAGGAAUUUAUCUACUUGACCUAAGUAUUAAGUGCAUCAGUGCAAGACUGCAGCUGAUAAAGGUAGAAAUCAAAAUGGUUUGCAUACAAGACCAUAAGUUUUGCCAUGACCUCACACCUUAGACGAUAAACAGAAAUGCAUAUUGACCAUGAAGUGUGCAGUUGGCCCUCUCUCCAUUAAGUCUGUUCACCCCCUUCUUAGGUGCUGAUCUUUCAUAACCAUCUGCCAUUUUAUAGUUUUUGUGUGAAUUUUAAGUUUAUAGUCAUAAGGAUUUUCCAGCCAGAUAUGAUUGAUAGCCAUGACAUUAAUUUAAAGCACCAUCACAUACAGUUUUCUCUGUCAGUGAUUUAGGAGAAUAUUCAGGAGGAGGAGAAUCAUGCAAUAAAGACCACUUGUGAAGUUGUUAAUGAUAUUACGGAUCAAAUAUCAUACAGAACACUAAUGGAAGGAAUGUAAAGUCUGCAUUAAAAGGGGAAUAUCUAUAUUUUGUUAAUCUAAAGGAAAAUAACUGUUGUAAGCAAUAAAAACUUAAACAAGGAGGGAGAGUGUUGCCAUAGAUCUUUGUCUCAAUUGCUGUUAUGUGUCAGUGCAUGGAACUAAUUGAGUUUAAUAGUUGACGUGAGUAAGUACAGGAAUGCUAAAAAAAUUCUUUAAACUAACUGCUAGCACUAGUUUACGAUAGUAUGCAAAAAUUGAAUGAUGAUUAAAGAUUUUACUUCUUACUACCAUUUAUCUUCAAAGGAAGAGAGGUAUACUGUAUAAAGAUGAGAGUGAGCAGUAAAUUGCUAAAUUUUAAAUUUUAUUAUGUAUAUGUACAAAUGGUGCUUGAUAAAGCCAGCAUUUUGUGAAUUAGUAAACCUUUUUGUUUGUAUCAUAUUAAGUUUUGAUUUGUAUGAUUUGAAAUUUAAUAUAUCUUUUUUAAAUAUUUUUAUUUAUAUGUAUUUGAUUAUGAAGGGUAUAUCUCUGCAGCUCUACAUAUUGAAAGAGAAUCUCUGAUGUUCAGUCAAAUCAGUUUUAACAUGGUGUCCUUUUAUCAGAUCUCUAUUUAAUAGAUAGAACUUGAAUAUUUGAUAUAUUAUACUAUUUGAAAAUUAAAAAUAUCAAAGUAAUAUAUUAGUAUUAUGGUUUUAAGAUUUGCAUUGAUACAAGAGGGCUUGUUAAAAUUCCUAGGUGUGAAUCUACCUUCAGGAGAGGUCGCCUGUAAAUAUGUGUAUAGUUCAUACUGCUGCUUAAGGCCCCUCCAUUUUUGUAUGUGAUAAAAGAUGAAUUUAUGUGAAUCAGGGCGUAGUCUCAAAAUGGAAAGCAGUUUGAAGGGAAAUUAGUUGUACAAGAUUGCAGCUGCACUAUGUGGUUUGUGCACUGUCUAUCUAGUUAUGGUAUGGAUGAAUUUUGCUUAUUGAAAAUACAUUUUGCAAGGAUUAUGCUGAGGUAAUAUAUGGGAAUCCCAAAACUUUUAGUGAUUUGUUGGUGACAUUUACGUCAGAGUUAUUUAUCUUUCAUAUUAUUAAUGUUAAGGAUUAUCACAAAUUGUUUGUAAGCAAAUUAAUUUUCCUUUUACAUCCAUGUUCAAGAUGGAUGCAAAACUUGCAAGCUUUACGUAUGUGUGAUAUGCUUUUAUCAAGGACUGAUUGUAUUCAAUUUAUUGGGGUUCCUUUUUCUGAUGGCUGGAUUAAUACUAGUAAUGAAAUGCUAGUGUUUCAUUAUCUUUUUCAGUUAACAUCAUGUGACAUUGCCAGGAUUUUCCUUUUCUUUUCUUUUCUUUUUUAUUUUAUUUUAUGUGCUGUCAUGACAUGGAGAAUGUGGAAAUGUUUCUUCAGUGUCAUUUCUUUUGUAAUGAAACUGGAGGGUUGUUUUUGUACUCAGGUGAUUUAGGGUGAUCUCAAUGAAGACUUGGUUUGUGGAGCACUUAGUGGAACAAUAGUUAACAAUAUUUAUUGAUUUUCAGUAAAAGCAGUCAGAAUCAUUGAUAUCAUUCUCUUGAGAUAACAACAAUGAAUUGUAGUAAACCAAAUUGACAUUUUGGAUCUAAAGCUGAAUUUAGAUUUAAAUGUAGUCAAGGUUUACUCUAUAUAUAUACCCUUUUCUCUAUUAACCCAAUAAAAUACAUUUCAACCUGAAAAUUACCGGUAUUUAUUGUUAUUAUUUUACAAAUAUAUAUAUAUAUAUAUAUUUUGGUUAUGGCAUGUGGCCAAUUUUUCAUUAUGGUACUUGCUCAUUUGAAGGCAGCUUUUCGAUCUGUGUAAUAUUAGAUGCUUUAUCACAGCAGGUGGUGUGCUCAGAGGUCUUACUUUGAUUUUGAGAUUUUAGCCUUCUCUCAGUUACAUUCUUGUGUUCAGAAUUUGUUUGAUUUUUUUUUUUUUUCUAAUUAAACCUAAUGAAGAUUUUCAAAUGCUUAGAAAAGGGGAGUGAGUAUAAGAACAGAUCUGUAGCUAGAAAAUAAUUGUAUAGUGAUAAGGCCAUAGGGAAAGUGAACCGAAUUGUACAUGCAUUUGAUAACAGAACAUAGGGGAAUACUAUCACUUACAGUUCUGUGCAUAAAUAUCAAUCAAAGCUCUUAUGAAGUAGCAUAAGAACUCCCAUUGGUAGACUGCAUAAAAGGAAAGAUGAUUACUACAAACAUUUUCAACUUCUAUCUUUGUAGCCAUUUCUGUGCACCAUUGUUUUGCCAUAGAUAUAUAUGCACAUAUUAACUGUUGAGUGAGACUCCCCCAGUCAGUGGCACAUGCUAGUGGUCAAUGGUAAUACCCAGCUGGGUGUAUAAGGCAGAGUGUAUCAUUGGAAUACACUUUUCUCACAUACAGAUUUAUGAGAUUGUAAACUAAAGAGUGUAUGCAACAGUAAUAAAAGAAGUUUAUCUUGC